AUGAGAGUCACAGAGCUUGUCAUCCUAUCGGCGUGCUUUGCCGGCGUUACAAUGGCUCAGGACACGGGAUGUCAGAUUGAACUUUUGAACAUCAAUCAACAAGUUGUCGACAGCGUCUGCAUUCCCCACGAUGGUGUUCGAUCCAUGAGAGACGCCACGGCCCCUAAAGGAGUUAUCAAUUACGCCGUCAAGGUUAACAGCAGUUGCGGUGCCGGGCUGGCAGCUGGCAACCUGGCGAAUGGAGCCUCUCUCCGCAACGCUGGACCCUGUACCCCAUCCUAA